UCCGGCAGGGUGUAGCCAUCUUGUUUUAACUGUCAUCAACGGUUGCGAAAAAGAUUUGAGAAAAUGGAGAUAUUCAAAAGAAUAUCUCAACAAAAGACAAGGAAUAAGCCCCACAUAUAUAGUUAAGAAGAACAUAUAUAUUUUUUAAUCUUAAGAUUUAGGAAAUAAUAUCCAUUGAAAUGAAAAAGAGAGAUUCAGAAGGAGUACAUGCAGUGUCAGCCAUGUCGGUUUCGUCCGGUAAUUCCCGGGGUUCGGAGCGCCGGAGACUCAGUCGGUUUUCUCUCAGACGACUGUUUUAUCCUGGAGUUAGGACUGGUAAAUCCAAGUCCAGGAUCAGUUUAGACUCGGACUCUGGUAAAUCUGAGAUGAGCUUAAGUCCAGCUUCCUCAGAAAGAGAGCCAGCCCAUCCGGUUCACAUCAUGAACCAGACUGUACCGGAGACUGAGCAUGUGCCGGUGAAGAGUUCGGCGUCGGGAAUGAGGGAGUGCCCCCUGUGUUUGAUAGAGCGACCGGUUGAAGAUUUCCCAGAAAUCAUGACAUGCCACCAUCGGUCCUGUAGCACCUGUCUGCAGACAUAUCUAAAAAUAGAAAUCACGGAGAGUCGGAUCAACAUAUCCUGUCCGGAGUGCACGGAGAAGUACCACCCUAACGACAUACAAAACAUCCUCCCGAACCAGGGCCUGAUGGAUAAAUAUGAGGAUUUCAUGGUCCGGCGAGUCCUGGUCUCGGAUCCCGACACUCGCUGGUGUCCAGCCCCAGACUGUGGGUAUGCAGUGAUUGCCACAGGUUGUGCAGGGUGUCCCAAGAUUAAAUGUGAGAGGCCAGGAUGUGACACACACUUUUGUUACCACUGUAAACAACACUGGCACCCAAACAAGACAUGUGAUGCGGCCAGGGCAGAAAGGUCACCCAACAUGCGCUCUGCCACAACAACUUAUGGUCCUGACAUGGAGUUACAUAACAGUACGUGUCCCUCGUGUUUUAUCCAGCUCUUAAUUAAAGACAAAUGGAAGGGCCUUCUACAGGCAUCUAAGACCACGUGUGACACACACUUUUGUUACCACUGUAAACAACACUGGCACCCAAACAAGACAUGUGAUGCGGCCAGGGCAGAAAGGUCACCCAACAUGCGCUCUGCCACAACAACUUAUGGUCCUGACAUGGAGUUACAUAACAAAGAUGACAUCAAGCCCUGUCCCCGGUGUGGGGCGUUCAUUAUGAAGAUGAACGAUGGAUCCUGUAAUCACAUGGCCUGCCCGGUCUGUGGUGCCGAGUUCUGCUGGCUCUGUAUGAAGGAAAUAUCCGAUCUACACUACCUUAGUCCCUCUGGUUGCACAUUCUGGGGUAAGAAACCGUGGAGCCGGAAGAAGAAGAUUCUGUGGCAGCUAGGGACUCUGGUGGGCGCUCCGGUGGGGAUCACACUAAUCGCAGGAAUCGCUGUCCCGGCUAUGAUCAUUGGCAUUCCAGUCUGGGUAGGAAGAAAGAUAUAUUCAAAGUAUGAGUUGGUGUAUACAUCUAAACAUAAGCGUAACCUGGCUAUAACUGGAGGGGUGGCUGCUUCAGUCAUUGUAGCCCCGGUGGUGGCAGGACUAACUGUAGCAAUAGGAGUUCCUAUCCUCCUGGCCUAUGUGUAUGGUGUGGUACCUAUCUCCCUCUGUAGAAGUGGGGGCUGUGGGGUCACAACCUCAGGAAAGGGUGGGGUCAGGUUUGAAUUCGAUGAGGAAAAUGAUACAGCAGGAACCAUCGGUCAACAUUUAGAUAAUCAGAGUGUUGGAACAGGCCAUAAUGUAGCCAACCCUAGCAUCGGGCCGAGUAUUGGGGAUGCCUCGCUGGGUAUGACAAGCAGUCUGAGUGCCAGUGGUAGUCACAUGGAGAGGAUAGGGGUGAUUCGAGACGAGGGGGACACUGCCAGUACCAGGGCCAUAGGAGGACUCAGUCUCAAUGGCAGUAUAUGUGAGGGGGCCUCACUCAUUAGUGCUUUCCAGUCAAAACUUGAAGUGCAAGCAGAUGUGUCUUCAAAUCUACAGAAGAGAAACAGCUUUAGUAGUGGUUCAGCUAACUUCAGCAUCGGGGAGAAGUCAGGGACUGUGUCUAUAGGAGACAAUGCCAGUACAAAGGCUCUGGCUGGAUCUAUUGCUGGAUACAGGGACAAGGAUAACACAUCUAUAGGGACAUCACCUUAUGAAGUGCAGGUUGAUGUAGAUUCCUCACAGACACAGAGUCCUGAGGACUACUCCGAGAGGAACGUCCCCGAAAAGCCUCGCAAUCAAUCAGGUCAAAGUUCACCGGUGUCAGGGUGCAGUGUGCGUCUUUCUUCCAUGGAUGAUCACAAGCAUAAGUGUCGACGCUGUAAGCGUUCCUUGGCCUGUGAUCGCGGAUCAGAACAACAAAGUGUUCACUUCUCUGAUAGGGUCAGCCUGCAGAACUUUCAGACAGAUGAAAUCGUUUCCCAAAGUUUGAAUGAGAAUUCAGAGGAGAUGGAUUUAAAUGAAGAGUCAGUGUUUGAACCAAUAAAUAAUCCUAUAUUUAAAGAAGUCAUAUGUGGUAAAACACCAGAGACCUUUAACGAUCAUUCUUCUGCUUUUGAGAAGGCACUAGCUGCUUCAUUACCCGAGGUGGAAAGUGACAAGCCAGUCCUGAAGGGGACGGAGACGGCACGUAAAGCGGUGUCUACGACGGCACUCAUCUCACAGCAGGAAUUCCAAAGCAUGGAGAAACAUCGCAAUCUAAGUAAAAGUAAAAGUCACGAAGAUUGUGCCAUAGCUAAGCAGAAACAAAAGAAGGGCAGGAUAAGGCAUCACAGUUGUGAAAUCGCUAUGGACUCGGGGCGUAUUUCUCCCUCGGUUCUAGCUAAUCAGGAUCAGUCGGCUCUUUGAGAGCUUUGUCUGUGUCUUUGUCAGUUACUGGCAUCAUCUCAUCAAUACUACCUUAUAUCAUUACAGCUCCUUCGUUGUAUCAUUUAUUCUACAUGUGUAUAAUUUUGUAGCCAUAGGUUGUCUAUUUAUAGACUAUUAAGAAAUUUAUCUUUCAAAGACAAUGCAGUAAAAUGCUACUUUUACCUUUAAUAAUAUACAUUUCUGUUAUUUAAGUAUCAUUUUUUGCAAAUGAGUGAAGAGUUGGGCCCCCUUAAAAACACCCCCCAAAAUACAGAGAUCAAAUUUAGCUCAGGGAAGCAUCAAAGUGAACUUGUGAUUGGUUUAUACGAGCAGAUGGCUGAUACGUUUGUUUAAAGUUGUUUGAUAUCAGAAUUUGAAUGAGACCAGUUUUAAUGUGAGGAGGGUAAGAUACAAGUGGAUUUACCGGUAUGUUUCAGUAUUAAAAGAAAACAGGAUGAAACAACUUCGGGGUUGAGGGGGCGUCAUUGGUGCUCGAUAUUUUUUUUGUUGUUUAUAUAUUUUUUGUUCUUAGUUGCUCAUUGUCAUGUUCAGCACAGUGAGGAUAAGAUUUUGUGAUAGCUAAUAGAUCUUUGAUAUUGAAAGUUGUUUGAACUCCAUUUUGUACAAAUUUUGUUUUGUUUUCUUGUUUGGGUAAAUGUUGUUUAUAUUUUCUUGUGGCAUGAAAGUUAAGUGCAAUCAGUUUAUUCUUUGUAAUGCAUUUAUCGUUGUAUGGAUGUGUAUUCCUAAAUGAGCUUAAGAUUGGUAAACAUGUUUUAAUUAUUUUGAAAGGUUACGUGUAUUUUGUACUUUUUUUUUCAGAUACUUAUAUUAAUUUCAAAGCACAAUUAUCUUCUUUAGAGUGUAAUACAGUUACUCAAGUGAUGUAAAAUCUUCUCUUCAAACAAAAUGAUUCAGUGCCUUUUAUAGAUGGAGAUAUGAAAUUUUCAUUUAACAAAAUAAUCACAUACAUAGGAGGCAGUAUGCAAAGUUUCUAACAAUUUCUUGACCUCCCUACAGAAUUCAUUUUUUUUCUUUUUUGUUAGAUUCUUAAGUAAAUUAAAAGAAAACAUUAAGAUAAAUGAAAAAAUAUACCCCCAAAAAUGCAUUCUUAAAUGGAACAUUUAUUUUAAAGAUACAUUAAUGUACUUUCUUUUAACUUUAUUCGAAAUUUAUUCAGUGAAUUGGUAUAAAAAAUUUUAUGCAUAUUGCCUCCAGUUAAGCUUUCUUCAUUCUUUGGUGUAUAUUGGGAAGGAAUUCAAAGUAAUUUAAUUCAUAAACUUAAGGCUCAUCUUACUGCAUGUUCAUGACCAUUUGAUGGAAAACAAAAAUGUUGCACACAUUUGAUAAC